AUGUCGACGAAGCUUGGUAGGCUGGAAGGACCGGGGCACCUCACGUUCGACGUCAUUGUAACCGCGCUGGAUCUGAACCUUUGGCGAAUCUUUGAUGCUGUGGACGGAGGGGGUGAUAUCUUGGGUGAAAAUCUUCGUCUUGCAUAUCACCCCAAGACGCCGUAA